CUAGGCGGCAGUAAUGACGAAACAUCGAGAUUGCUUUAGAUUAGAUUGUAUACAUUUAGAUUACUUUACAUUACAUUACCUUAACACUGCAUGAAGUCAUGAAGUCAACCAUUGCAUGUCCGACAUGAUAAAGUGAAAAAAAGUGCACCCGCCUGUCAGCUAGACUCGUAUCACGGUCCACAAGCCAACACGUCGUCUGGGAAUGAUGCGCGGGCUCCUGGAGAGCAGCUGGAGGAGGUUUGGCCCAGCGGGUCGGGGCUCAUACGACUGGGUCACGGCGGCACCUUCAGGCCAAGACAAGCAGGGUUUCAACUGGAACGACCUGGGAGAGGACAGGAAGUACGAACUGCUGGUCUAUGUGGUCCUCCCCGUGGUCUCGGUCCUCCUGCUGGUCCUGGUGGCGGUCUUCGUGUACCGCCGGUGCUCGGGCUCCAAGCUGGGCCUGGCCAAUAUCAUCGCCUUGGACCUGCAGGACGCCGAGAGCAGCGCCGAGUUUCUGUCCUCGCUGACCCGCAACGCUGAACGGCACGCCAGCACCAGCUCCACCGGUUCUGAUGGCGUCUUCGUCAUGGUGUACCUGCCCCCGCCUUAUGAAGAGACCCUCACCAAGAUCACCAGGGCAGCCAGCCUCAGCAGCUCCAAGGAUGCAGAGUCCAUCAAGAUCGAAGACCUGGAGGCCAAGCUGUGCCCGGAGAUCAGGUCCAGCGGUCGCUACGUGUAAUCAGACAUUCGUUGCUCUCUUUUUUUUUUCUUUUUUUUUAAAGCAAGUAAACAAUGUUCAAUUAGUUCAACCUUUGACCCCACUUUUGGUUUCACAUUAGCCUGAUUCCUCCCUCCCAGUGAUCUAGUGAGCGAGCUGCUCAGAACCACACAUACACUUCAUUGUACACGGGACUACAAUCCACCCCCACCAAGGGACCAAGCGAACUUGACCCCAUUUCCAGCCUGCGACUCAAACAUUCUUGAUUGACACGCUUCUCCCAAAGGCUGCUUCUUCUGGAAGAAUUCUGGAAUCUCAUGUUUUGGCAUCCAUCCUGUCAAUCAGAAGUCAGACCUCCAGUUUUCAUCAAGCAGUACACUUUCAGGUCCAUACCGUACCAUACUGUGUUGUAAUGUACCAUAGCGCAUCUGCACAUACCAUACCAUAAAUUCAUGUACCAUUCUGUACUCGUGCGUACCACCUUUUGGCACUCUUUUGAUGUGGUAGCAUGGCUAAAGGGGUGGAGCUAGACGUAGUCCAGUGUGUUGAUUGGUGGACAGAGAAUGGUCACUUCCAGAAUGGGAAGAAGACCAAAACCAAGAACAAUGUCCUCAAUUGUUGUCCGUCCACUCUAUCCACACGAUGAUGUCACUAUUCUAUGUAGCUGACCCCACCUACACACACACAAAAAAUCUGCACUUAAGACUUUCUAACCAUAAAG